GCGACGUUAAGACUCAAAACGCCACAAUGUUGGGUAAAAGAUCGUUAUCAGUGGUUUUGCUCGCUGUGGCUGUCGGAGUUUACCUGCUGCCUUCUCCCAUAGACCCCAAACCACACGUACUGAAGGGCCCUCCUCCAGCCCUUGAGGGGCCACUGGCUGCCAACACCCGACUUCAGAAGGGCCGCAGACUGUUUGCUGGGAAACUACACGGACCAGAAUCCUUCACUGCCGAUGAGGAGGGUAACGUUUACACAGGAACAGUUGACGGGAAGUUGUGGAGGAUCGGUCCUGACGACAGCCUCACCCUCGUCACCCACAUGGGCCAGAAUUUACCAGAAUGCGGCAGCAGUACAGAUUAUGAGCUUGUGUGCGGUCGUCCUCAUGGAGUUCGUCUGGAUCGUCACGGUCAGCUGAUUGUCGCCGACUCUUACUUUGGGCUGCACAGCGUCAACCCCAAAACUGGAGAAAAUACUCUGCUGCUGCCUAAUUCACAAGGUGCUGACGGUGUUCCCUUCGCCUUUUUAAACGGCCUGGAGAUUUCCCCCCAAACUGGGAUCAUUUAUUUCACAGACUCUUCCAGCCGCUGGGGACGCAGACACGUCAAACUGGAGGUGAUCGAGCUGAACAGCCUCGGCCGUCUGCUGUCCUACGAUCCUCAGACAGGAAGUGUGAAUGUCCUGCUGGAUUCUCUCUACAUGCCCAACGGCAUCGUCCUGUCGCCUGACGAGCACUUCCUGCUGGUGGCGGAGACGAGCAUCGGACGCAUACUGAGAUAUUGGCUCAAAGGCCCCAAGGCCGGUACCAAAGAGAUCGUCAUGGACAACAUGAUCGGUUACCCUGACAACAUUCGCCUUAGUGACCACGGGACAUUCCUGGUUGGCGUAACAACGCCUCGAUUUCGGAAGUUCAUGCCUCCCUUUCUGGACAUGAUUGCCCCGUACCCGGCGGUCAAACGCUUUCUGGCCAAGGUGAUUCCUCUGAGCUCUUACAACCUCAUGCUUCCGCGCUACGCUCUGGUCCUGGAGCUUGGAUCUGAUGGCGAGCUCGUGGGAACGCUGCAUGACCCCGAAGGCCGGCUAACGUGGGCCAUCAGCGACGUCUUCCAGCACCGAGGGAGAACCUACCUGGGCAGCACCGACCUGCCGUUCCUGCCCGUCCUCGACAGCUGGGAGAGCUGAUGACUGAAAACUAAAUGUACAGUUUUUAAAUUUCUGGACAGUUUCUGGAUGUUUUUCACUUGAUGUUCACCUCUGGAGCGACAGGUGGGCAUCUGUGGUUCCUCCUGUCAAACACUAGUGAACCAGGAGAGUUGAAAUGAGCAGCUAUGAUAACCUAAAGGAAAAAGUCUCUAUCUGCUCAAAUGAUAAACUAGAAAUGUGAGUUUAACUCUAUUAUAUCCCCUCAAAAUACUUUAAAGUAUGAUAGAAAAUUAGUGAAGUUUAACAUUAAGCAAUCCAACACUCCUUCUCUGCACAACUGUAGCUUUUAAUUUAAUUUACACUCAAAAUAAAGCCACAUUUUCAGCAUAAAUUAAACAGAAACUUGAACUGAGGAGGUGAUAAAUAACUAAAUGACUGCAAAGAGCUGUAAAAGAAACACUGAAUCCAUCAACUUUACUGCUAAAAUUACACAAGAUCAGUGAUUUUUUUAACGUGUUAAUUCAGUUUUAAUAGGCUGCUACUAACACCUGAGCUCUAAUUAAACUGAUUCUUUUAAUCCAAUUUUAAAUGAACCUCUGAAACAUGAGUUUUAGAUUAAAUUAUAUGAAUGUACACUGUCAA